UUAGAGCAUUUUGGAGAAGUUACUAAAACCGAAUCUGACAUCACCACCUAGCAGUUCAUGUAGCUGGCGAGUGGUUCGGUCUUAGGGUAGCAGAGAAGGAAACUGCUCCCUCUCUGAUAAGACGCCAGUGAAGAAAGGACGCAUGGUGUUUCACAGGAAUACGGCUGAUUUCCAGAUAUGACCAUGGAUUUGUGGCUUAAACUUUUGGCAUUUGGCUUCGCCUUUCUGGACGCCGCAAUGUUUGUUACAGGACAAGCCAAUUCUCCCAAUCAAGGAACGAACAUGACAGAGGAGUCCCCUGCUGUGCCUCCACGUGACCCCUUAAUUGCUCGCACCACUGCAUCCUCACUCGCAAGCAUCUCUGAUCGAGAAAACGACUCCUCAGAGACCAAGCCUCCUUCUAGUGCAGGCAAUGCCACAGUGGAAGUUUCCCCGGGCCCUGAGGAUAACGAUAGCACUACUGAUGGGACAGGUGCUCCAGGAAUGAAGACCACCCCCCUCACCUUGCCUGCAGACACAGCUACUUCAACCGUAGCUAUCCCCAACCCUGCACACAGCAGCAGCCCCGCUGCCUCACCUCCACGCAUCUCCAACUCGACCACCAGAGAUAACGCCUCAGAUGGGCCCACCACGUUCACUGCACCAUCCUCUCUGACCACUUCAGCAAGCAUUUUCUCCACCGCUGCUCUCUCAACCAUAGCUCCUACUACACCGAAGCCAUCCUGUGAAGAGAAAUACAUGAAUAUCCGUGUGAACUACACUUACAAUGAGAACAGUAAAACAUACAGUGUAAUGUUUGCAUCUGAUAUCCAGUGUGACUCUCAAGAGUGUGCAAAGAUGCUCCAGAACCUACAGGAAUGUGAAAGUAGGACUGUUCACCUAUCCCAUAGUUCAUGUGUUCCUCCUUUUAAACAAAUCCUCUUAGAGACACCUCCAGAUCCUACAAAGUUUAAGUUGGAAGACUGUGUACAGCCUGAAGAAGCAAAUACUUCUCUUUGUUUGAGGUGGAAGAACAGUGGCAAUUUUUCUUGUGAUGAAACGAAACUUACAUACAAUUUUCAAUGUCUUGAUAAAUCUAUUCAACAAAGUAAAGAAAAAGAAUUUGAAAUGAAAGGUCUUCAUCCUCAAAAGAAUUACACUUGUAGUUCACAAGUGUUUUACAAUCAACAGACUUUUGCCAGUGGAAGUAAAACUAUUGAAACCGAUUUUGCAAGUCCAGGAACCCCUCAGGAUAUUGAAUGUUCUAAUAAAAGUUCUCAGGAAGGACAGGUGACCUGGAAACCACCUAACAGUGUAUUUCAUAAGUUCUUUCUUUGUUAUCGGAGGGAUCGAGAUCCAGUAUGCGUCGCUCUGAAUGAAAGCCUGACCUCAUAUGAUUUGAAACAAUUGAAACCCUAUACAACAUAUUAUGUAACCUUACAUGCCUCUGUCAAGGGAAAAGCAGAGCGUAAUGGAACUGAAGCAAAAUGUGACUUUCAAACAAACGCAGCGGAGCCAAGCAAAGUCAGAGACAUUCACGUUUCACGGAAGACAGAUAAUAGCAUGACUGUGACUUGUACGCCUCCUACCGACCUUAAUGGCCCCCCUGGGAAUUACGUCCUGAAGGUCCUCAUUGGAGAUUCCGAGAAGAAAACUUACCUCAACAAAACAUGCAACUUCUUAGUAAAAGAUCUUAGCUAUUCAACAGAAUAUACAUUUCAGGUCUAUUACAACAAUGGACAAUUUCGUGGUGCUCCGGAGUCUGCCACACAUUCAACUUCUUAUAAUUCUCAUGCCCUGAUCAUAUUUCUGAUAUUUCUGAUUAUUGUGACAUCAAUAGCCCUGCUUAUAGUUCUCUAUAAAAUCUAUGACCUGCAUAAGAAAAGAUCCAGCAAUUUAGAUGAACAGCAGGAACUUGUUGAAAGAGAUGAUGAGAAACAGCUGAUGAACGUGGAGCCGAUCAAUGCAGAUGUUUUGUUGGAAACUUACAAGAGAAAGAUCGCUGAUGAAGGAAGGCUGUUCCUGGCUGAAUUUCAGAGCAUUCCACGGGUAUUCAGCAAGUUUUCCAUCAAGGAUGCUCGAAAGCCCUUCAACCAAAAUAAAAAUCGCUAUGUUGACAUCCUUCCCUAUGAUUAUAACCGUGUUGAACUCUCUGAUAUAAACGGAGAUGCAGGGUCAAACUAUAUAAAUGCCAGCUAUAUCGAUGGUUUCAAAGAACCCAGGAAAUACAUUGCCGCACAAGGUCCCAGGGAUGAAACUAUUGAUGAUUUUUGGAGGAUGAUCUGGGAACAGAAAGCCACAGUUAUUGUCAUGGUCACUCGAUGUGAAGAAGGAAACAAGAACAAGUGUGCAGAAUACUGGCCGUCGAUGGAAGAGGGCAGCCAUGCUUACGGAGAUGUGAUUGUAGAGGUCAAUGAGCACAAAAGAUGCCCAGAUUACAUCAUUCAGAAGUUUACCAUUACAAACAGAAAAGAAAAAAUAAAUGGAAGAGCAGUGACUCACAUUCAGUUUACCAGCUGGCCGGACCACGGGGUCCCUGAAGACCCUCACCUGCUCCUCAAGCUGCGCAGGAGAGUGAAUGCGUUCAGCAACUUCUUCAGCGGCCCCAUCGUGGUGCACUGCAGUGCUGGCGUUGGACGCACAGGCACCUACAUUGGGAUUGAUGCCAUGCUGGAAGGCCUGGAGGCAGAGAACAAGGUGGAUGUCUAUGGCUAUGUUGUCAAGCUGAGGCGACAGAGGUGCCUAAUGGUUCAGGUGGAGGCACAGUACAUCUUGAUCCAUCAGGCCCUGGUGGAAUAUAAUCAGUUUGGCGAAACAGAAGUGAGCUUGUCCGAGUUACACCCAUACCUGUCCAACCUGAAGAAAAGAGACCCACCCAGUGAACCUUCUCCACUGGAGGCCGAAUUCCAGAGGCUUCCUUCAUAUAGGAGCUGGAGGACACAGCACAUUGGAAAUCAAGAAGAAAAUAAGAGUAAAAACAGGAACUCUAAAGUGAUUCCAUAUGACUUUAACAGGGUGACCCUGAAACAUGAGCUAGAAACAAGCAAGGAGAGUGAGCAUGACUCAGAUGAGUCUUCUGACGAUGACAGUGACUCGGAGGAGACAACCAGAUACAUCAACGCAUCUUUUGUGAUGAGUUACUGGAAACCAGAAGUGAUGAUUGCUGCUCAGGGGCCACUGAAAGAGACCAUUGGUGACUUCUGGCAGAUGAUAUUCCAAAGGAAAGUGAAAGUGAUAGUUAUGCUGUCUGAGCUGAAGAAUGGGGACCAGGAGGACUGUGCUCAGUACUGGGAAGAUGCAAAGCAAACGUAUGGGGAAGUGGAAGUUCAUAUGAAAGACACCAACAAGUCUUCAGCCUAUACCCUCCGUGCAUUUGAACUGAGACAUUCCAAGAGGAAAGAUCCUCGGACUGUGUAUCAGUACCAAUUUCACAACUGGAAUGCGGAAGAGUUGCCUGCUGAACCCAAAGAAUUAAUCUUGAUGAUUCAGAAUCUCAAACAGAAACUUCCCAAGAAGAAUUCCAUGGAAGGGAAUAAAUAUCACAGAAAUGUGCCUCUCCUCAUCCACUGCAGGGAUGGAUCUCAGCAAACAGGAAUCUUUUGUGCUUUGUUAAAUCUCUUGGAAAGUGCAGAAACAGAAGAAGUGAUAGAUGUUUUUCAAACAGUAAAAUCUCUACGCAAAGCUCGGCCAGGAAUGGUUCCUACACUUGAGCAGUACCAAUUCCUGUAUGAUGUCAUUGCUAGCACCUACCCUGCUCAGAACGGACAAGUAAAGAAAAAGAACAAUCAAGAAGAUAAAAUUGAGUUGGAGGAUGAGGUGGGCAAAACAAAGCAGGAUGCUAACUGUGUCAGUUCACCAAGUGCCCCAGACAAGGCCUCUGGUGGAGACACAGAGGAUGAAGGCUCCAAACCCACCAGUGGCCCUGAAGGGCCAGAACAUUCUGCCAAUGGUCCAGCGAGUCCAGCUUUAACUCAAAGUGCAUAGGAAAAGACAUAGAUGGGGCAUCUCAAUACCCCACAUUGAAUGUUAUUUCUAUUUUUCUAGAACUAGGCAUGCAAAAUAGAGAUACAGUGGAUUAAAUAAGGGUAUGGACCAAUAUCGUUGGAAAGUUUCUAUUUUACAGCUGUAGAAAACUAUUUAAGACAGUUUUCAUGAAACAUUUUGUACAAUCGCAUGCUUGUUUUAAAUUGUAUCCAUCAUUCAGCAAAAAGAAACUUCUUUGUAUUCUUUGCAUGCCUGUGUGUGGUGUGUGUGUGUGUGUGAGAGAGAGAGAGAGAGAGAGAGAAGAGAGAGAGAGAGAGAGAGAAAGGGAGAGAAGAGGGAAAGAAAUAAAGAUAGACAAAGAGACAGAAACAGAUGGAGAUUGUUUCAAGUAAAUAUCAAUGCUCUUGAGAAACUGUCUUUUGGAGGUUUUUUUUUUUUGGAAGAAAAAUGGACAACAUUUUAUACUGGAAGUAUUAACUUAGCUUAAAGGAUCUAUUUUUUUAAAUUUAUCAUAAAUUGCGUGUGAGCUCUGUGUAAGAAUAACAUGUACAUUUCUAGAAUGACCUCAAGAUGUCCUCCUUGUUCUAUUCAAAUAUAUCUCCCAGCUUACUGUUUUACUUCUAGAAAUAGACAUAAAAGUAGUGUGUGUGCAUAUAGUUACUACAAGACAGUUAACUAAAUUAACAUUUGGAAAUCUUAUGUUCCAUAUGUUAGCAUUUAGUCCAAACUCUUUUCAAGCUUAUUUAAUCUAAUUUAAAAAUUUCAAGCAAGCCUAUCUUGUUAUCCUCAUAUGGUAUUUGCAACAUGGAUUGGUCUCUGUACAAUGUGAAAUCCACCACGUGGUACUUUUGACCCCAAAUUAUAUGUUUGUUACAAUUGAACUUAAAUAAACAUCUUCAAACAAA